CCCGACAUACAGGAUAUCCUCCAAUGGCCUGAUAGUAAUAGCAAAUACUCGAGUACAUAUCGUAUCAAUGCGCCGCAUUCCCUGGCAGCAUUGUGCUAAAACAAGAGCUCCUGCUAAUUUGGACCUGCGAAUGCGGAAUAUCAAUGUUUAAACGUUUAACGUUUAACCCUCGCUCUUGCAAUACCGAAGACAGCAAGCUUGAUUACCAACCACUAUGACAUACCCACCUUUCGUUUCUGAGCGGGAGAGGAAGCCUGGAUGCACGCAUGUCGUCCUUAUCGUAACCGGCAGCGUAGCCUCCAUCAAAGCGCCACUUAUCGUUGCUGAGCUGCUGAACUACCAGGAUGUUAAGGUAGAGGUGGUCGCAACGAAAGCUGCCUUCACGUUCUUCAAGCCCGAAGAGAUACACCACGCAGGAUCACGAGUAUGGAAAGAUGAGGAUGAAUGGACGGAAGGUUAUGAAGUUGGUGACCCUAUUUUACACAUUGAGCUGCGUCGCUGGGCGGACAUCGUGCUUGUGGCGCCAUGUUCAGCGAACACUUUAUCGAAGAUUGCCCAUGGCUCUUGUGACAACCUGGCAACAUCGCUCCUGCGAGCUCUCGCGCCAACAACGCCGACGUACGUCUUCCCAGCCAUGAACACUCUGAUGUAUCAACAUCCCUUGACAAACGAGCAUCUCCGGAUAGUCGAAGAAGUCAUCGAAUACACGGUAGUUGGUCCCAUAGGCAAGCAGCUUGCAUGUGGCGACGUAGGACUAGGAGCAAUGACCGAAUGGAAAGACAUCGUACAGAUAGUUGUCAACAGGUUUCAGCUAAAACGUCGUCAGGACGACACAAUACAGUCGUGA